AUGGUGCUCCAGGAUGUACAUGGGCUCGUGGGCUACGACCAUACCACGCAGCAGCUAUAUACCCUCGAGUAUCCCCCAAAUUCUCUGGCAACAAAGCAGAAGCUCGCAUCCACACAACCCAAAAGGUCUGAAACCCUGAUCUCGCCCAAAGGUAUCACUGACCGUCCGCUUGGUAGUAGCCCUGACCCAAUAAAGCCAGCUAGCCUCAGAAAAGCCCUCGAAACACUCGCUGUUUUCUACCAUGUCAUUACCGUCUACCCUCUCCUCCCCGGUCUCAUGAUCGCCACGUACGCCAUCUACCAUCCAGCGAGAGUCAUCUUUCCCAUCCUGCUAUCCCUCAUACUCCCCCGCUCCUUCUCCCGCAGGAGCGACUGGCUCCGCUCCCUCCCACUAUGGCGGUUCGUUGCCUCCUACUUCCCUCUCACCCUGUAUCGAACAACCCCGCUCCCCACAAACCAGAAAUACAUCUUCGGCUACCAUCCGCACGGGAUUCUCUCGCACGGUGCCUUUGCAGCCUUCGCAACAGAAUCCCUCGGUUUCUCUACCCUCUUCCCAGGGAUCGAAAACUCCCUCCUGACCCUCGAUUCGAACUUCAAGAUCCCCAUCUACCGAGAUUAUCUCCUUCUCCUGGGGAUGAACAGCGUCUCGCGCGCCUCUUGCGAGAAUAUCCUCAGCACAGGCGGGGCAGAUAACUACGGCACGGGACGCGCAAUCACAAUCGUCAUUGGCGGCGCGAAGGAGUCGCUCGAGGCUGUUCCGGGUAGUAUGCGGCUCGUCCUACGAAAUCGAAAGGGGUUCGCGAAGCUGGCGAUUCGAACGGGUGCAUCGCUUGUGCCUGUGCUUGCUUUCGGCGAGAACGAUCUGUAUACUAUGACGGCGGAUCUGGAUCCAAAGACAUUCGCUGGGCGGGCGCAGCAGACGUUCAAGCGGGUGUUUGGGCUGACUGUGCCGUUUCUGUAUUCAAAGGGGCCGUAUACGCUGGAUUUUGGGGUGACGCCGCAUCGACGGCCGGUGAAUAUUGUGGUGGGGAGGCCGAUUGCGGUGAGGAAGAUGGGGGACCUGAUUGAUGGGGCGUAUCUGGAUGAAGUGCAUGGGAGAUAUAUUGAGGAGCUGGAGAGGAUUUGGCAUGAGUGGAAGGGAGUGUUUGCGCCGCGGAAUAUCGAAGAUAUUGAGAUAAUUUAA